UAGUGGUAUGAUCAUGUCUUGGAUCUACGAUUCAAUCUCAGUGGUCUCAACCAUAGUACCCCAGGCUCAUAGCAGCAAAUGCACCAGCAAGCAAAAACAAGGGCUCAAACAACACAUCUAGACAUGAAGGGCUCCUGCAUCAACACUAUCCAAGUGGUCCUAGGUGCCAUGCUUCUCGCCGGAGCCGGAGCCCCAUCCAUGGCCGUCCCCGUCGACACCGCCGGCGUCCCGGUUACUCAGCUCCCGACCGGCUACCGCGGCAAAGGCAGCGCAGUGAUCCAGGAUCAGACGACGACGUUGAGGGCUAGUUCUGGGGAAGAAGAUGAGUACAGGGAGUCGAGUAGGCCUUGGUCAUGCUGCGACAGGGUGGUGAACCCCAGGGGUGUUUACCCGCCCAUACUUCGCUGCUCCGACGAGGUGGAGCGGUGCGCCGGCGCCUGCGCGGAGUGCGAGGAGGUGGAGGAAUCCGAGCCCCGCCGCUACAUGUGCGUCGACUGGUACCGCGGCGACGACCCUGGUCCCAGGUGCACCGGUGUGCACCAUCUGUAAGCAGCUCGCUGGUAUACCACCUGGAUCCCAGGUUUGCUAGUUUUGCUCAAUCAGUUUGUGCCAACGGACGCUCUCUUGCUACUCUUGUUUUCGUCGUCGUCUAGCCCACUCCCGACGUUUCUUGCCCAGUUGUACUGAACAUCUCUGCUUUUUUUGGAAAGUCAACGAAUAAUUUUGAGAGUUUGCAUGAA